AUAUAUAUAUGGUUCAUCCCCAUCAACAUACGCUUUGUAUACAAAUUAACCUAAACUUCAUUCAUUAGCCUUCCAUUUCAGUAAUUAACCUAAUCUUCAUUCGUUAGCCUUCUAUUUCAGUGAUUUGGUCAGACCAAGUUCAGAAAACACUUCCCAUAUGGCACCCGCAAGAUGGAUCAAACCAGAGGUGUACCCACUAAUGGCAGCCAUGACCUUUGUAACGAGCAUGUGCAUCUUUCAACUUACCAGGAAUAUACUUACAAACCCUGAUGUGAGGGUAAACAAAGAACAUAGGCGGAUGGCAGUGCUGGAGAAUGAAGAGGAAGGAGAGAAAUAUGCAGAGCAUAGCCUCCGGAAGUUCCUUCGCAGUCGCCCCCCAGAGGUCAUGCCGGCCAUCAACCGCUUCUUCUCCAACCCCCAAGAUUAGACCCCAUCUGCUAGAAUGCUGCCAACACAUCCAUGCAUCAUCAUCAUCAUCAUCAUCAUCAUCAUCAUUACCAUCAUUUACAUAUAGUCAAUUUAUUGCAUAGUAUUCAAAUUCCUUUACAGCUGAAGGGCACUGCUGGAGCUAGCCGGUCACCAAUCGUUUGUCUUGUGCAAGCGUUUCUUUAAAAUAAAAAGACUAAGCUAUAUAUGCAUUUAUGUAGCUGAUA